AUGGUAAAAAAUACAAUAAUUCUAAUUUUUUUACUAAAACUUUUUAUUUUAUUAGCAAAAGGAAAUGAAGAAGACAAACAAAAUAAAUUUAUUUCACCAUUAACAAUUAAAAAACACUUUAAAACAGUAAUUAAUGUUCCAAUAUUUACUUAUUUGGUAAAUAAAACAAUUCAAGAUCGUGUUUACCAUUUAUAUAAUACUAAAGGAGUAAAGUAUUUUUCAAAUCUUAAACUUCCAAUUGAAAUAAUUAAUUUAGGAGAAAUUUUAAAAAGUAGUUCAUUUGAAUUUUUUAUUAUAACAAAACUUGAGGCACUUGAGAACGUGAAUAUUUCAAUGGAAGAAAAAAUGGCAAUAUGUAAUGAUAUCAGAGAGGCUGUAAUGUAUGCAAAAAGAAUUAUGAAUAGUAAUGAAUAUAAAGAAUCAAUUCAAUAUUUUAAAGAUGGUGAAAAAGAAUUUAGUGAGUUAGAUUUUAUUUAUAUGGAAAAUGUCUUAGGACUUGAUGUUAUGUAUAAUAUUGCCUCUAAUAUGCAUAUGAAAUAUCCAAGAGAAUUGUACUUAUUAUGUGGAGAAAGUAUUGAUGAAAAAGAUAUUUGUAAAAGUACUUUUGACUAUCUUGAAAAAUUUUAA